CAAGCUCCAGAGAAAGCGGUACUAACAGCACCGUGACUCCAGCAAUGGCACCUACAAUCACUGCAGCUAUGCGAUACUCACAGGGACACCUGGCAAUGACAAACAAGUUGAGAAAACCGGUGGUUGAAAAGAUGCGCAGAGAUCGUAUCAACAGCAGCAUCGAGCAGCUCAAGACGUUACUGGGAAAAGAAUUCGUGAAGCAGCAGCCCGAUUCCAAGCUGGAGAAAGCGGACAUCCUGGAAAUGACCGUCUGCUACCUGAGACAGAGCGCCUCCCCCCGGCCAGCGACGGGAAACGAAGGCUACUCCAGGUGUGUGCAAGAAAUCGUGCGCUUCCUUUCCCGGGAUGAAAUGAAGACAGAAACCCAAAGAAAACUACUGAACCAUUUGCAAGCUGCGCAGAAUUCUCCAGUGCAUCAGACCCCCGUCAAAGAGGCGACCCCGGUGAAGAGUGCCCUCUGGCGGCCCUGGUAGAUCACAACGGACACUGUCACUUUAAACACUUUGACAUACAGAAUUCAACAUGCCUGUCUAUGAUGGGCAUAUACAGUAAUUCUCAUUGUGUAGGGGGUGUUUCCCUUCCUCUUUUGCUUGUGCAGAAGAUUUGAAUGCUACUUUCAUUGAUUGAAAGGAACCACAAUAGGUACCUAAUGCUGGGGCAAUAUUGUGUACGCUAGUAUUUGUUCAUUCUUGUUAUACAAGAGUUCUGUAUGCAGCGAUGACGCUGUUUAGUUCAAAGUCAUUUCUGUUUAUAGAAAUAUUAUGAUGAGUAAAAUAAUAUUCCCAAAAUAUGAACUUGAUCUUUCAUUGUAAAGAAAUAUUAAGAUACUAUCAAUACAGUUAUACACGUGUGUGUGUCUUCUGCGAAGGCAAUAUCCUCUUAUUGUAUCUUGUUAGACAAGACGUGUGUGUGCAUUGCUGAAAAACAUUAUUUUAAAUACUGUAUAAUGUGUAUGUGUGCCUUUUAUAAAGGCAGUAUCUCAAAGAGUAGCUCAUGCUGAGUGAAUCCUGUAUGAAAUAUGUUGUGUUGAAGUUUUCUUCAAGGUGUGGUAGUGAUUUUGUAAAGUGCAGAGUAUCUGUAGAAAUUGACUUUUUGAGUAGCCUGUAUCAGGGCAUUAUCGAUGCAGUGUAUUGUGUAUCCUCAGAACUGUCUGAUGAAUCCAGCAUUGAAAUCUGUG